AUGGUCGAGCUGGUCUUCAAGAUGGCUUCUCCUUCUUCCUUUGCGUAUCCAGUUGAGCUGCGUCCAUGCGCCAAGAAUUCUAGUUGGAAGAGGAGCAUAACAAAGAUGACAAGCAGUGAGGGAAGCCGUGCUUCGCAAAGGAGAAUGGUGGAGGGUGAAACAAGCAAUGCGAUUCAAGAGAGUGAAAGCGAGCAAGGAGAGUUUGAGAUUGGGGUCAAUCAUGGAAGAGAGGAAAGUGAUGAGUCUCCAAGUGAAGAAGGAGAGGAGGUUAAUCAAGAGGGUGAUGGAAGUGGCAAUGAGAGUAACCAAGCUGAGCCAAUGGAGGAAGAUGAACCACAAGAAGUGGAGGAUGAACUCCCCAUGUUUCAAGAGCACUACAAUUCUCUCCUCUCUAUGGACUUUGUGGAGACCAAGUACCCACAUGAUGAUACAAUGAAGGCACUUGGGAUCUUCAAGGAUGUGGAGCUAGUGCUUAAAAACAUGCACUUGGCCAAGUUCUUCUCUCAUAGGAUGGAGUCCUACAAGGAGUUGACUUGUGAGUUCCAAGCAUCGAUGAGGUACCACGAGUAUGAUGAGCUCGAUCGAGCUGACUUGGACCAAGGCUGGGGAUGGAUAACGUUCUUGGCAAAGGGAGAAAAGAACAUGGUCACCUUUAGACAGCUAGAGAUACUGUUUGGCUUCACAUAUGGGGAAGGAACUCAUUGGGAUAUCAAGGAGAAUGAGCUCCAAAGUGUGCAACAUGGACAAUCAAUGAAGGAGAAGUCAAGCUACUUGAAAUGGGGAUUAAGCCCAUCAUCUCACGCGCCAGUGAUGGAAGGAAGCUCAGAGGAGACAGAGUACACGCAUGAAACCUCAUGCCCCUCCUUGAGCAGCUACUAUCCUACAAGACCACAGCCUAAAGCACUCGAUUCCAAGGAGGGAGAAGGCUGA